CUUCCGGGUUAGUUUUCACUUUCUUUCUUUGGCUGCGGGCUCCCUCCGCCGUUUUCACUUCCUGGGGUUGCCGCCGCCUCCCGCGCCCGACAUGCUUCCCUUCGGCGCCGCCGCCCGGCCCUGAGCCUGGGGAGGGGUCCCCGCAGACCCUCACUCACCCACCCGAGGCCUUUGUCUCCGCCCGGGCAGGGCCAGCCGGGGCGGCGCUUGGAGAGCCGGGAGGGGGGAGGCUGAGGACCCCCCUCCCCAGAAAAGGAGGGGAGGGGGCCGCCCGAGCCCCCCUUUCCCCCCCGCAAAGGGUCUUCAUCGAGGGGAUCCACCCCGGGAUUCCAGAGGGAUCCGCCGCUGCCACUUUGGGAGAAACCCGGGUCGGCGCGUUCCGACGUGCCAAGGGAGAACGCGCGUCAGAGAAGCGGGUCAGCGACUCCCCCGGGGUCUCCCUGCCCCCGGCAUGACGGGACGCGGGGUCGAAGGGCCGGCCGGCCGGACAGCUGUCAGCGGACAAGCCUCUCUUCCCGGCGCAAUGGGAGGCAGGCCCCGACACCGAGGGAGAAUGUGAGCAGGAGCCACGUUGUUCACCGGCUGAGCUCAGGAACCGAGAAACUUUUCGAGUUCUGUGGCAGUAGUUAGAAUCGCUUAAUGCUCCUCGGACCAGGCCGCCCCGUAAAACUCCUUCGGCUGGGUGGGACACCGUAGAGAAUGUUGCCUCUCGGUUGCAAAAGCUUAGCUGAACAUGAGAUUGAAGUGCUGUAUCGUGCCUGGGAAGGACAGCUGUUCAUUCAGAAUCAGCGAGUGUGCGACAUCGUCCUUCGGUCCUCUUUUCAGGCUUCGAUCCCGGCUCAGUUGCCAGCCAAGCUGGAAUUCAAGUAUAUCGUGCACGUAUCUGAAUUGCGGAAAAAACUGCCGGAAGCUGCCUUUAAAAAAAACAGUUAUUCCAACGAUGAAGUCUGUUGCCAGCAGUUGUCGUUUCGUUUAUACCAAGUGGAAAUAUUAGACGAGAGUGAACUCAAAGACCAGCUCAUUGGGAGCAUGAAAGAAAAAAAACCUGACUUUUCAACCUUACAAAUAGACGUGGUAUUCAGUCGGUUCAAACCGGUAGUGGAAAUCGCACUUGUCAAAUACCUAAAUGACCGCGGAAUCCUCCUCUUCCUCACCUCGUCUGCCUUGGCAAAAGAGAAAGACACCGAAGCGAACGAUUUGGGCUCCCUUCAAGCUUUGUUUCUGUUUCCAUCCCCAGGGCCCAGGCAUUUAACAGCCACAGAUUGGAAGGGCGAAGAGGGGAAAAGCGAGUCCCCUCAGGAGCUCCCCCUGAUCCUUCCCCUGCUUCGCCGGGCGUUGGCAGGAGCCGCCAAAAACCCGAAUCCCAAACAAUCCCCUUCUAGCGCUUUGGUCAAACUGCACAUCCAGGAAUUUGCAGAUCUCGAUCCGUGCUCGGCGCUGAACUGCGAUAACACAGCCGGCCCACCUUUGACUUCCAAACUUUCACCCAAGACCCCUAAGGGGGCCCCCGUAGACGAUACGUGCUCCCCGUCUUCGUUUUCCAACUUGGCGUUUUAUCUAUCGGACCCCGGGAGUUACACGCUGGAGAUGGCCUCCGCCACGGCGGCCUGUUUGAAGGGACGCUCUCAGUUGUCCGACGGUUGUGCCGGUUUGUCCGGACCGGAACAAGCUGCUGGAACAGGCAAGGGUCCCUUCGACGGACACGGGCCGAGACGAGACGCCGCGUCAAAAAGCAGCCCGUCCGGAGAACGAUCGUUGCAGUGGACGAAAAGGAAAUCCAGCCGCAUCCUCGGGGCCAGUUCGAAGAAGAAAUGGUCGCCUCUGAAGAUGUACUGCAUCUUGGAGAGCAGCAAGAAGAAGACGAAGGAGAAAAGGAAGAAAAAGAAGAAGAAGAAGAAGAAACUGCCCAAGGAAGUGAUGGUGCUGAACAUCCCCUUCGUUAAAGAUCCUGGGUCCCCAGCAGAUCCUAAGAGGCCGACCCUCAAAUUAAAAAAUAUUCUGAAUCCGCUGAGAAGGAAGAGAGGGGCGGAAGUUUUGUCUGCAGAAUUCAUUCAAGGACCGAGGAGCGUUUCGCUUGAGGGAGCCCCAGAGUCUUCGGCAGGACCCGCCACGGAGGAAAAGAAACCCCGGCUGAACAUGGCCGUAAAAGUGAAGAAUGGGGACAAAAACGGACACCAAAGAACCAACUCCAAGGAAAAACAUCCACGACGUUUCUUCGGAAAGCAAAGGACUGAGGCUGCCUCUACAGAAAAGGACAUGGUUACUCUGGACGCCCAUCGGAUGCCCUCCAGAGGGGAAGAGUGUGAUUCCCACGCGUUGAACCUGUUGGCCGAUUUAGCACUGAGCUCCUGUAACUCUCCCUUGGACGGGAACAAUGAGAGGACUUCGUCCGUGUUCCGUCCAUCCUGGGAACAUCGCCUGCCCCGUGGGAAAUUUUUGCACAAAUCGUCAGAUCACGAAUAUCACAGGGCUACCAUGAAACGGAAAAGCGCUUUCCUGCCAGGACAGCCGCCCCGAUCGCCCCUUUGGCCCGCCAAGGAUAAGGACGGGCCUUGAACGCUAAGGACCGAAGCGGCAUGAAUCCCGUCAAAAAGAAAAAGGCAAGGAUCAACCUCGCCAAAACUUCUGGCCCUUCCAAACGAGACCGGGGAUCUGUCAGACUCGAGCGCCAUCAUUUCCUUAGAGCACUCAUACGCCUCUCCCAUCUCCGAGACGCCCCCAAAAGCAACGCCGCCUUCUCCCAACUCGAACGGGGUGAAGCAGGAUAAACCGGGUCCAUGUUGGAAAGUGCUUCCUUUCCAGCACCAGCAGAAUUGGUGCCGACCGACAAGCCAGUUACGAACCAUUUUAUCGCCCGCUCGCUCUACCAUCCUGGCCAACCGGCUGAAGGAGGAGUUCGCCACCAGUCGGCAAGUGACAUCUUGCGACAAAACUGUCCAAGUUACUCUCCAGUGGGAGGCAAAAUAUGUCUUUGACUUAGAUAGCAAAUAUACAAAUGAUUCCUUAGAAAAAACCAUCAUACGGGCAGUACACGGGUAAGCCCUGGACGGAAGCCUCUCGGACGACCUGGAAGAGAUGAAGCUCAUCCUCCAUAUGUGGGUGGCACUGUUUUACGGCAAACCGGCCCCAACCCUGACAGUACGAAAAGUGGUGGAGCACCGAAACCCGGCCAAGUACGUCUCCCUGAACAGCCUGGUGGAGCCCUUGGAGUUCCUUGGUGAUGGUGGCGAGCCUUAUGUGCUGGAGGAACGCCUCGCGGCUUCUCUCCCCAAAACUGUCCAGAGACCUGCCGAAGGAGGGGAAGACGGAUCGGUUUCUCCUCCCGAGAAGCUACUCCCGGGCAGCGAACUGUCCGCAUACCAACUCCUUAGAGGACGAGAGUCCUCUGACAGAACGAAACGGAGUGGGAAACCAGCCCAGGCUCCGUACGGAGGAGGGAGAUGGAGAAAGCGUGACUUGGGAUCCGUUGAUCUGUGGCUCCCCAAAAGCAACGAAGAUGACAUGGAAGUCCGAGAUAUGGAUCUGGUUUCAGAGGAUGAGGAAGAUCCUCCUGCAGAGCGGGCAUCAUCCCCAGAUGCCUCGCCUGGGCAUCCGACAGAAUUCCCGAGUGUCCAAGAAGCUGAGGUACGACUGUCCUCAAGUUCGGUCCCUCAGCAGAAGAUCUCGGGCCAUCCAGUGACUGUUGAUGAAAAGAUGGUUGGAUCAACCACAAGCUCUGUAUCUCCAAGUCAAAUGGGGUUGAUGGAUACGGUCCCUCAGCAGAAGAUCUCGGGCCAUCCAGUGACUAUUGAUGAAAAGAUGGAGAUCUCGGGCCAUCCAGUGGCUGUUGAUGAAAAAAUGGCUGGAUCAACCUCAAGUUCUGUAUCUCCAAACCAAAUGGGGUUGAUGGAUACGGUCCCUCAGCAGAAGAUCUCAUCCAAUCCAGUGACUGUUGAUGAAAAGAUGGUUGGAUCAACCUCAAGUUCUGUACCUCCAAGUCAAAUGAGGUUGAUGGAUAUGGUCCCUCAGCAGAAGAUCUCGGGCCAUCCAGUGACUGUUGAUGAAAAGAUGUUUCCUCAGGAAGACAGUGGGAUCCAUUCGCCCUGUCUGCCUUCAUGGCAGCCUAGUCCUGUCCAUCAAGGAGCAUCUGAUGAAGAACCACCAAGGAUCCCGGAAGACCGUCCUGAUAACCACCUGUAUCCCUUUUUUCAAAAUCCGAUGGGUUUGAUUGAAGAUAUUUCUCAGGACAGUACAGACUUCACGGAUUCAGCUGUGCAGCUUUGCGAACCAAACGACAGCUUGUGUGUGAACCUGUGUGUACCAAACAGUGUAUCAACUCGGCAGGAAUCGGUGGAAAACCAAGACAGAUCUGUUGCAUUUGCUCAAUAUCUUCCGCUCGCCAAAGAAACGGUUCUGGUUGAAAGUCCUGAAGGAGACCAUCCAGCUAGUCCUGUCCAUCAGGAAAUUUCCGAUGAAGCUGCAACGUUGCAGGACGAUUCUGGGGCCCAGCUGGAUUUGCUUGAGGGUUUCUCCAUUCCCAACAAAAGGAUUGUCAAGUUUCCAACAUCACCCAACAGACGAUGUUUUGGGGGCCAGUUAAUGAACAGCUUGCAGAGUUCGAUUCGGUCACUCAGGAGGAACCGCAAGAUCAAUCAGGGAGAAAAAAAUCCGGGUGGAUUCUCAGCCCGCAACAGAAUACCCGAGCUUGGAGUCACCCGCUGCGGAAUCGGAGAUGUCCUUCAAGAGCGAAACGUGUUUGGAUCAAGAGAAUCUUGGAGACUCUUCUAUGACUACAGUGCAAACGUGGAUGACUACGACGUGUCUACUUUGGAGAAAGUUGGGCAGACAGAGGCUAGUCCAGAAGAACCUAUCUGCAACAGAGAAGAUUGUUCUAGAGGAGAGAAUGUGGGCAACUCAUCCUUUGUCCAAGCAAAAUGUCAGGAGGACUCUUGGCAGAAGAACCUGGUUCUUUGGUUGACCGAGAUUCAAAUGAAGGUUCCAGAGGAUCGUGAAGAGAAGCGAAAGAAGAAGCAAGGGUUGGUAUCAACCAAGACUCAGGGCCUCCCGAGCGUUGAAUCCGAGUUAACCCCUAGUUCAGUUCCUGGGAACGAGACUUGUAAAGAUGGAGAUUGGGUGUCCUCAGAAGCUAGUCAGAAGACAUCAGAUGCCGGGUCCAUGAAACGCAACGUUCCUUUGGGUUUAAAAAAAGGUUGCUUGUGGUCUGGUGACAUGGACCGUAAGCCUCAGCCCUUCAAGGAUUAUAUCAAUUUCUCUGUCACCAAGAAGCACAAGGAGAAAAGCAGGACUUUCCACUCAUUCUCCAAAGAGCACCACCCUUUUUCCAGAGAUUUGGGGUCCAUCAACUCCUGGAGCAAGAACUGGGGUCUUCUGAAUGACCCGAUUCAGAACAUUUUAGACGUGGAGUCCUUGCGGUUCCACUGCAGGAUCCAGGCGCUCCUGAAAAGAUCGCAACGUUCUACCUCCCGCGUUCUUCCCAGCAAGAAGGUCCCAUCGCAAGGGAUAGCGGAAGGGUUGUCCGCCGGAACGGUCUCGGAAGGGACAAUUGCUAGGUUUCCCACCAGGAGCAAAAGUACUACUGGUCACCGUCGUCAACCAAAUCCGCGGACUAGGUGCCGAAACGAUGACAUCUACGACCAGUUUCCAGCCAGCCUGCAUCCCUCUGCCCCAGCCAUUGCGUCAAGGAGCCGAGGUGGACUCGGUCCGAAGUAUCCCUUCCCUUCUUCGCAUCUCCAGAAACUGACCCACCCUACGCGGAACAGUUUUUCCCGGGAUAUCUCGUCCGUACUCGAAGAGUUUGCAGAGUUCAGCAGGGUGAUGACCUUGGAGAGCUCACGGACGCGCACCCUGGAUAGAGACCCCACAGCUACCUCAGAAAAGGCGAGCAAAAUACAGUAUCCACCUCGACCUCCCACGCCGCUCGUCUAUGAGGAUCUUCUCACCGAGCUGCGCAACGCACUACAUUUCCAGCUGACAAAUGUGGCCCACGAAGCGUGCCGGAAACCCUUCUCGUUCUACUUGAUGGAAACGGAGGACGACCCGUUCUUCAGGAGAGUAAAGAAUUUGCUGAGGAAGGGAGGCCACUCCGAAGUGGACCUACUGCACUUCUGCAAAGGAAGCGGCGUGGAGACGGAGAACCUCUUGGUCAUUGUUCGAAACGAGGACAUUUGCUCACACAUCCACAAGUAGGUCCCAUCUUUGCUGCGUCUCAAACGCUGCCCCAGCGUGACGUUUGCUGGGGUGGACAGCCCCGAAGACCCCCUGGACCACACCUACCAGGAGCUGUUCCACAGCGGAGUUGUGGUGUCCGACGACAACGUCCUGGAAGGGAUGAGCGUGGGGGAGCUGAAGGACGUGAUUAAAACCCUGGAGAAACUCAACAGUCAUGGGAGAUGGAAGUGGCUCCUUCACUACCGAGAAUCCAAGAAGCUGAAGAAAGACGCCAGGGGGGAUCUUGCCGCAUACGCCAAGGAAUCGGUCUUGAAAUCCUGCCAGGUGGCCAACAUGACGGAGGUGCUGCACUACCACAAGUGUGACUCCCGGUCCUGCACGAGAUUCGAACGCUUCAACUGCCUCUUGAACUUGCAAAUUCAACACAUCACCAAGAGGUUUGGCGUAUUUCUCACAGAAAGUGCCAGCGCCAGCCGGGAAGCCUUGGAGGACAAAGGCAUUUUCAGCCUGAACAUCACCGACUUCAUCACAACUGCGCAAGGCAUGGUGGCGCCAUCCGGACGUGGAUUCUGGUAACCAGGAUAAACCGCCUUCUGCCUUCUUGCAAAUAGCCCAGGAUCACAACGCCAAACCCGAUUUGUCUAUCCGUUCCGGACACCGGACUCUCAUCCCCUUCACUCCGAUUAAGCAGCCGCGACAUCCAUUGAGGUCAAGCAGACGAGCCUCCCUCCCUCUCCCGGCGGGUUUUAUUUUGGGGCCGUGGCAAGGCGGCUUGGGAAGGGGGGCGUUGUUUCAUUUAAACACAACGUGGAACCUCACGAAGGAAAACGUGUUUGGACGUUCUUGUCUCUCUCUCUCUCUCUCUCUCUCCGAAUAGGAAAAG